AAAUAUGGCUUCAUAGCAUUCGCGUAGGACGCUGUGUACGCUCUGCUCAACAACCGUAACUGCCUUCCAGUCUAGAUGUUUCUUGAAAAGACAUGCCCGAAGUUCACUACCCCAAACGCUUCAUCAUGAGCAUUGCAUGAUAUAGGAGACACUUGGCAGACCAGGCAAAGUCAUCGCCUCAGAGGAUCAUCUGGAUUGAUCUGGGAACAUAUAUAUUUUGGAGAUUGACCCCUAGUUUCAUCAGGGACCACAUUCCGCUAGUUUCAUAUCACAUUCUUUUAACCUAGAGCAGGAGCUGUGAUGUUAGUGCUGUGAACAUUUUCCAUCCUCACCCCUUGCCUCUGAACUCUAUAGACAGGGGCCAAACCCAUCUGCAAAUUAUAGGCCAUUUCACACAGAUCACCUAUUACAUGUUUAGAUCUGUGGGAAACGUUCAGAAACUUUGGAUUCACCCACAUUAGGAUUGAUGUGCAUCUGGAUUUAUACUCACAUUGUUACAGUUCCUGUUGGACUAUAUCAAAUCCAUGAAAAACAAAAUCCUAAAAUGUAUAUAAUGGAUGAACAAACAUACAACUAUGUGAUAUUCUUCUUGGGAGUAUGUGGCAUGGUAUUCUACCUAUUUAUGGCUUUCUUAAGCCUCCUUUCCCUCAUUGGCAGCCAUUUCUACCUGUACCGACGAGUUGACCCCAAACUUAUGGUGGAGGAAGUGCCCGGGGUGUCUAUUGUCAAACCACUGAUGGGCGUUGAUUCGCUUUUGGAGGUUAAUUUGGAGAGCCAUUUUACCUUGGAAUAUCCUAAGUUUGAAUUGUUGAUCUGUGUACAAGAUGACCAGGACCCAGCCAUUAAUUUAUAUAACAAAAUGAAGGAAAAGUAUCCAAAAGUUGAUACUCGGCUUUUCAUAGGAGGAAAAGAUGGAAUUAUCAACCCUAUGGUGCACAACAUGGCACCUGGCUAUGACAAUGCCAAAUAUGAUUUUAUAUGGAUCAGCACUAGUCGAAUAAAAGCUAGUACAGAAAGUCUUUAUGAUAUGGCCACGAAAUUGAUGAAGCCCAAUGUAGGUCUGGUACAUCAGUUACCUUUUACAACCGACCAGAAGGGUCUAGCAGCAAGCGUAGAAAAGAUAUAUUUUGGGAGCAAUGUUGGAAAGUUUUAUACCAGUUUUAAUUUUUUGGGUGUGCCGUUACUCACUGGAAUGUCCUAUAUAUUCAAGAAGUCCGUUCUAGAGGAAGUAAAUGGUCUAAGCUGGUUUGGGCGGUACUUAGCAGAGGACUACUUUCUGUCCCAAGCUAUCCACGCUAAGGGUUAUCGCAUUGUGCUCUCCGCCUUUCCCGCCCAGCAGAAUGUUUCUGGUCUCACACUGACCGGCUUCAAAGAUAGGAUGGUCAGGUGGCUGAGACUACGGUUGAACAUGAUAACAUUCGUCAGUGGAGUGAUGGAACCCUUGGCAGAGUGCUUCCCAAGCGCUGUCAUAGGCGCCCUCUGUGCUUAUCAUUUCUUCGGCAUUAAUCCAUACUACUUCUUCGCUGGGCAUGUUUGUGGUUGGAUUGUCUUAGAUUACCUUCAUUUGUGUAAUGCCCAGGGCGGAUCUGUACCAUUCUCAAAGCUACAGUUUUUAUUGGCCUGGAUUACACGAGAGCUCAUCAAUUACUACGUGUACUUUGAGGCCUUGAUGAACCCUCGUAGGAUAAAAUGGGGCAAGAGAACGUACAAGGUCACUUUGGGGGGCCACACGGAAAUCGCGAGAGAGAAAGGCAGUAUACCUUUGUAACAGUGAUUUGAGAAUUAGGGUGGGACAUGCUUCCUGCCAAACUCACAAGGCAAAAUUGCAGACCACCUAUGGAUGGCAGAGAGUACACGUGGAUAAAGUCUGUUUUGAAAGGUUACUUUAAACAAACACAUGGAAGAUUUUAUGUUUUAAGGAAAGAGGGCUGACAAUAGCUUUGUGGUGAAGAGGUUGUGAAAGAGAGGCUGCCCUGCCUGGAAUCCACGAUGCCUUGUACAGACAUUGGUUCUCAUCAUCUCUUGGUCCAGGCCAGAGACUUGCCGAAAUGUUGGAUACACACACAUUCACCAAGUUGCCUGAUGAUUACAUUUUCGUCAUGGAUUUCUUGCAAGAGGAAGACAUGUUUCUCUUCUCA